AUGCCCAACGCCCUCCAAACCACCGCCGUGGGAUGGCUCCUCAUCUCUCUCGGCCAUACUCUCUCCGCCAAAGACUGGCAGAGUCUGCCUAACUUCCGCGCCCUCCCGAACCUGGCCUAUACCUGCGCCAAAGCCGGGUGGUACCAGGGUAGUGCGUUCUUCUUGAUGACCGCCCUGAUCAACUACCAAUGGUCCAAGAAUCCCGCGCUUCUGAACGACCCCGUGAACAAGGCCAUCGCCGGCCUGAUGACCGCCAUCGUCUGGGUCAGUUCGGGCUGGUAUCUGAAGCGUGGCGUCAACAGCAACGGCGUCGUGGUGGCCCUCAUGGGAGCCGUGCAAGCCUGGGCCGCCUUCAAGAACUAA